AUGGACUCCUCGUGGACCCACGCCAUCGGGGUAUGCUUAAGCACCGUCGUUUCCGUUGUAGAGGCAGUUGGAAUCACACUGGUGAGGAAGAGCCACAUCAUUUAUGCAAAAUAUGAGAAGCUUCUCGAGGCGACCGAGUGCGAUAGCGCCAGCGAGGGGGAUGAAAGCGGGGGAGAGGAAAAACAGGGGGGAAAAAAAAGGAAAAUGAAGACGAAAAGGAAAUGCUCCUUUUUAAACAUUUCGAUAAAGAGUCUACAAAUCAGUGGACGCAUUUGCCACCGAAAGGGGAAGGUAAAAGAAAGCGAAGACGGGGGGCACCAGUUGGUUAAGAGGACCCCUUCGAGUGGCACCAACGGUGGGGAAGAUGGAGAAGAAGAAGAGGACCCACUAAGCAGCAGCCUCAUGGAAAAAUCGUUAAGCGUAAAUUUAGCACCCCGAGAUGGUAGCCAUUUCGACCAGGGCUACUUUUCCCCAUUUAAUAUUUCCUCGGAGGGUGAAAAAAUAGGCCCGCGAAAAUAUGCCUACAUAACACGGACGAAUAACCCGACGGAAGAGCACAAACGGGAAGAAGGCGCCAAGCAGAGCCAUCAAACCAAGUGGGCCAAAAAUUGUGAUGACUCAUCUGCCGAGUGGCUGAACGAACCAUUGGACGUCCACCCGAGUAGUUGUCACCUCGGCGGGGAAAAGCAUCCACCUAGAUGGAGCAACCUUUCAGCGAGGGGAAUAAAUAAAAAAGUGAAAAGGAGGGAGAAGUGCUUGUGGCUAUCGAAAGGGCCCACUUCUCACACGUUAGGGAAGCCCAAACGAAGUAUUUUUUACACCCCCUUCUGCAGUGAGAAAAAGGGCAAAGAAUGGAAGAGGCUCCUCAUUCUAAAUGGCCACUGUAGGAAGAGCAAAACGGGGGUGGAAGGGAAGAACUAUUCUACAUGUGGUGAUUCCACACAAAGGGGACUUCCCCAUUUGGGAGUGACCCCCCCUGUGGAAGAUGCAGCUGCGGGGCCUCACAACAACAACAUGAUAAUGAUGAGCAUUUCGCACAUAAAAAUGUCUACGCCUUUUAAAAGUGAAAGCCCCAAUAGGGGGGUGCCUGAUGGGGAUAAAAUGUAUUACUGCUCGUUUCGGUCCGAUCGGUUCGCAGACAGGCUGAGUGGCGACACGGGGUGUAGCGAGCAGGAAGGGGGCGCGCGCGCCGAGGCUUCGCUCAGCAAAAAUGGGCAUGAAAAUGGGCUACAAAAUGGUCGUAAAAAUAGCCCUCAAAAUAGCCCUCAAAAUGGGCGCGAAAACUUGCUGGGGAGGCCGGGGGAAAAGGAAAAAUACAGCGACGAGGAAGAAAUCACGAGGUGCUCCAGCCUCAAAAUGGAUCACGAGAAUGGAGGUGGCUGCCCGGACUCCACCACCACACAUCUGCCAUCAGAUGUCGAAGGUGCUCACUCGAAUGUAAGAACAAAAAGCUACAUUUGCUUCUACCUAGGAAUAGCCCUAACAAGCUUUAUAGCCCCUGCCCUUAACAUAUUCAAUAACAUAUUUCUGCCUAUGUCUAUGGUCGGCUUCGUCAGCGUGAGACUCAUGUGCUCAUUGCUGCUGGAAAGAUUUGUGCUGAAGGAGCAGCAAUCAAUUUACUUAUACGUGGGUAUCCCUUUUUCCACCCUGGGCCUAACACUAAUCACCGUGUGCUCUGCCAGUGAUAAUACCUUCAAAGAUUUAGAUUCCGUUUUGGGGUUAUUCAUAACAGGUGAAUCGAUAGCGUUGCUCAGCUGCGAGAUGUUCUUCGCCUUUAUGGUGGCCUUUCUUUCGGUGAGCCACUUAGACGCAGGCACUUCCACAGAAUGGGGUGGUGAACACACACAAGGAGGGGUUCCCUCAGAAGGGGAGCUCUUUAGCUCAAAAUUUAAUGCGAGUAUACAGCGAGAGGGUAGACAUCCAAAUUGGAAGCGAAAGGGGGGGAGUUUUUUCUUCUUCUUCUCCCCCGUCUCAUCAGGAAUUAUGGGAUCCUUGGCGACCAUUUUCUCCAAGGCGACCUUCAUCGGGCUGGUGUCCGUGCUGCUAAACGAGCAGUUGACCCUACGUCAUUUCUUUUUAAAUUAUAAAGUAGCUCUCCUCAUUAUCCUCACCAUCAUUUGCUCCUUUGCCGAAAUUGCAUACACGCCCUUUUUGCUAAAGUAUUACACCCUUACACAUGUAGUGUCGCUGAAGAGCUUCGGGAAUAUCUCCUUCAAUGCGGUCAACGGGAUGGCCAUUUUCGACGAGAGACCCUCGUGCGUGUACGCCUGGACCUCCGGCUUCCUCCUAAUCCUCGUGGGAAUCAUUCUCCUAUCAUACAAAAACGUCAUCCCCAAAGCGCUGCGCCUCUUCAACCAGCAGUGCCGCCAGAAGGCAUGA